GGAGCGUAGCUGCAGAGAGGAGCGUAUAAGAGAGUAGGGGUUUGGAGCUAGGGGCAGAAAACUAGAGGAGCGUAUGAGAGAGGGGAAGGUGCUUUUGAGGGCGGCAGGGAUAUUUUGAGGGGAGAGGAAGAAACAGACGAGGGUGAGAGAGAGGUAUUCCGGUGGCUGGCUAGCUUGUGAGGCAAGUGAGGAGAAAGAGAGGGGGAAAGGAGUAAGCUGCGUGAGGCAAGUUUUGCUGAGGGUUAUUUUUGUGAGAGGAAAGAGUUUGAGGGUAAGGAAGGAACCAUAGUAUGGAGCAGAGAUCUUCGAGAGGGAUUAUGAGCUGAGCGCUUACCGGAGACAGAGCAGGGAGUUGCAACCCAAGACACCUGGUUGAAGAAGAGGCUUUCAGGUCAGGGCCUAUCAAUUCUUUGUCUAAACUUUCCUGUAUACCAUCGGCCACGACACGGUAGCUAGGCCUCCACCUCACUUAUCUUUUAUCUUUUUCAUUUUUUUUUUUCUUAUAAAGGACAAGUGGAUUGCUGUGGAGACGUGGGAGGCUAGCUCUUGGUACACCAGCAAACGAAGCGAGACUUGAUAUUUCUUGGCCACAAUUUUGCCACCAUAAGUUUCAGCAAUGGGGCUCUGAUUGGAUGCCACCGCUGCCGGUCGCGUCUGUAUCUGGUGUUCGUCCUUGCCCGUUGGUACUUGAGAAGUUAAGAAAUCAAACUGAAAAGUUGAGAGAUACUGCUCGUCGGGGAGAGAGAGAGGGAGCGAAAUGGAGAUGUUGAGCUGUCUGCUGUGUUUUCUCGUCGCUUGGACUUCAAUUUACAUCAUGUUUUCAGUUAGAAGAGGAAGCCAACAUACUGCUUACAAACUUCCUCCGGGACCAGUUCCACUUCCCAUAAUAGGAAACCUCUUAAACCUGGGUAACAGACCCCAUGAGUCCCUAGCCGAACUUGCAAAAACUUACGGCCCAAUAAUGACUCUUAAACUUGGCUAUGUAACCACAAUAGUCAUCUCUUCUGCACCCAUGGCCAAAGAGGUCCUCCAAAAGCAGGACCUCUCCUUCUGCAACCGCUUCGUCCCUGAUGCCAUCCGAGCCACAAACCACAACCAACUGUCAAUGGCCUGGAUGCCUGUUUCAACAACUUGGAGAGUCCUUCGAAAGAUAUGCAAUUCGCACUUAUUCACAACACAAAAACUAGACUCUAACACCCAUCUCCGCCACCACAAAGUGCAAGAACUUCUUGCGAAAGUUGAAGAGAGCCGCCAAGCCGGUGAUGCUGUGUAUAUAGGCCGUGAAGCUUUUAGAACUAGUCUCAACUUGUUAUCUAACACCAUAUUUUCUGUGGAUCUUGUGGAUCCAAUUUCUGAGACUGUACUAGAGUUUCAGGAGUUGGUGCGUUGUAUAAUAGAGGAAAUUGAGAGACCCAACUUGGUAGAUUAUUUUCCGGUGCUCAGAAAGAUUGAUCCACAAGGUAUAAGGCGUCGUUUGACAAUUUAUUUUGGUAAGAUGAUUGGGAUAUUUGAUAGAAUGAUCAAGCAACGGUUACAGUUAAGAAAAAUGCAAGGUUCAAUAGCUACCAGUGACGUGUUAGAUACUCUUCUCAACAUCAGCGAGGAUAACAGCAAUGAGAUUGAAAGAAAUCAUAUGGAACAUUUGUUAUUGGACUUAUUUGUUGCGGGGACUGACACAACUUCGAGCACCUUGGAAUGGGCAAUGGCAGAGCUGCUACACAACCCUGAAAAACUUUUAAAAGCCCGAGUGGAGCUCCUGCAAACCAUCGGCAAAGACAAACAGGUAAAAGAAUCAGACAUCACUCGACUCCCUUUCUUGCAAGCGGUCGUGAAAGAAACUUUCCGAUUGCACCCAGUAGUUCCAUUUUUAAUCCCACACAGAGUUGAAGAGGACACAGAUAUAGAUGGGCUUACAGUCCCAAAGAACGCACAGGUGCUGGUGAACGCAUGGGCUAUAGGUCGAGACCCGAACAUAUGGGAGAACCCCAACUCCUUUGUACCCGAGAGAUUCUUGGAGUUGGACAUGGACGUGAAGGGCCAGAAUUUUGAGUUGAUUCCGUUUGGUGCUGGCAGGAGAAUCUGUCCUGGGUUGCCAUUGGCAACCCGGAUGGUUCACUUGAUGCUGGCUUCACUCAUUCACUCCUGUGAUUGGAAACUUGAAGAUGGGAUGACACCGGAAAACAUGAACAUGGAAGACAGGUUUGGCAUUACCUUACAGAAGGCUCAGCCCCUGAAAGCUAUACCGAUACGUGUGUGAAGUUGUUGCUCUUGUGUGCCGAAGUAAUGUGCUGAUUCUUGGGGUGCUUUGCUGUGUUUCAAGCUCUGUUGUCAUUAACUAGACGUGUCGGUCCAGUUCUGUCAUAUUGAUAGAUAAACUCUAAAAUCUUUCUAAUUUCCAAUUUAAAUGGCUAUCAAGUAUCAUGCUUUCAUGCA